AUGAGACAGAACUUCAGCGAACGACAAAAUGUAACAAAGUUUAAAUUGGCAGUUAUUUGCAUCGUGUUGGCGAUUGUUAGUCACAGCCAUGCCCAGUGUCCCGAUAAUCCGUGCGGUAUACAAGCCUCGUGCCGGUUAAACACGGCCGGUAUUCCGGUCUGUUCGUGUCCGUUCGGUUAUUUGGGUGAUCCGUUUAAAGAGUGCAUACGGCCGGAAUGCGUUAGCGACGGUGAUUGUACCGAGUUCCAGGGAUGUCGGAAGGGCAAUUGUGUUGAUCCUUGUAUUUACAGCUGCGGCAUCAAUGCAUCAUGCACGACCAAACAUCACGUUCCGGUGUGUUACUGCCCAGAAGGCUUAACUGGCAGUCCCUUCGAGAAAUGUGAUCCGCUGUAA